AUGAUGACACGUGUGGUGUACAUAGGGGACAGCAUGAUGCGCAACAUGUUUGAGAGCAUGGCAUGCAUGCUGCAUGCUCACCCGCGGUGCGGCGGCAAUCCCGAGGUGGUGCGGGCGAAUGUCGUGGAGCGAAUCAUCCGAUGGGACACCUGCAACGUUACCCUCGCUAACCUCAGGAGCAACUUCCUCACGGAGAUCGCUUUCAAGGACCCAACGGACGAGUUUAAAGGCGCCACUCUGCACCUCUCUCGACCGGACAAGCGGUGGAAGCAGCGCGUGAAGAACUACGACGUGUUUGUGAUCAACUCAGGUGAGGAUGGUGAGGAUGGUGAGGAUGGUGAGGAUGGUGAGGAUGGUGGUGUGUGCCUGUAG